UGACGUCAAUGCGAGUUACUUUCGGGUAAUUAGUGUAGAAACCAUGACGAAAUGUUGUUACUAUUGUUUUGUUAAAGCAACCACAGUUUAACUUAUAUCAGCCAAACCACAGUACAGAACAUUUAAGCAAUAAUAUGUUUCUAAGGUUUUGUGUGUUAGUUCUUUCAGUUGAAUUGUUAUUUUCAAACAUCAAUGGCGAAGAGAUAUCCGGAAACUACACCAUUUUCCAGGGGUCCGGAUCCCCUCAUUUAGUUCACGAGAUCCCAUUCAAUCCACCUCGUUGCCGCUCGUCCGUCCCAACCGUAUUGUGUUAUGAUGUGAUUGAUAAAGCGGGAAACCAAGGAGUUUUCGAUGUCGAAGUUUUAUCUGUGUUUGACUGGGGCUUCACUGUCAAAGUCACAAGAAAACGAAUGACAUCGAACGGGUUCAUGAAUCUUAUCUGGAGGGCAGAGGAAGGUACUUACUCGAUAUAGAAGAAGUUGUAUGUAACUAGGACGACUUCCGUUUCGUAGCAAUUAAGAUCUACGUCUCACCAACGCUUCUUCGUUCAUAUUUUGUACAGUUACUUGCAAAACGUGUCAUUUCAUUAUUAAAUAUAACCUAUAUAUCUUCA